GAGAGAGAGAGAGAGAGAAGAGAGAGAGAGAGAGAGAGAGAGGCCUUAUGCAAUACUCAUGAAAACAGUUAGUGGCGAGGUGUUGGUGGCAGACUGCAGAGUGGCAACUGGUUGGUGUUCGUGUGAUGGCUGGGGUCCCUCCUUCCUUGCAUUGCCUGGGAGGUGGUGAGGUGUUGCGUAUGCACAAGUUUUUCUUCUUCCAUGAAGAGUAACAGACAAACGUCCACCAUUCAUCGACGCACGGCGUCCUGCAAGGGGUCCACUUUUCAUCCAACUCAUCCCGUUCCCAACACUGCGCUGGCUGCAUACUCUGGGAAAUAGACAAACAUGGAAGAAGAGCAGAGCGGAUCCAAGAGGAAGCCGCCGUCCUGCUCCCGAUGCAGCAACCACGGGAAGGACGCGCCCCUGACGCACCACAAGUGUCCUUACGAGGAAUGCGACUGCCUCCUGUGCAAGCUGACGUGGGCCAGGAAGAUCGUCAUGCGUAAGCAACAGCAGCUGUGGCGCCACAGGAAGGAGACGCAGAAGUGGGAGGAAGCUGCCGCAGAGUCUGUGGGAGGGGGAGGAGGAGGAGGCACUGGCGGCGGUGAGGGAGAAACCGAAGAAGGCGGAGGGAAGCAGAGAGAGAAAUACUGUGACAUGUGCAGAAACCACGGCGUCCUGGUCAGGAACAGAGGUCACAAACGGUCGUGCAAAUACGAGAACUGCCCUUGCGACCUCUGCAGCUUCACUCGCAAAAGGAGACAAAUUAUGCAGCUGCAACAGAAAGUCAAAAGAUCGAAAAUCACGACGCAGCAGUUCCAGGAGGCGACGGAAUGGGUGGCUAAGCUGACGGCGGAACUGGCAAACCUCGGGAUAGAUGACGUCCCUAUGUCAACGUUGGUGACACCCAUGGCACCCACUUCCAACCUCCCCCCUCCGCAUGGCUCGUUCCCUCCUCCCCAAGGUCCUCCUCCUCCAGGACCUCCUGUAGAAGGUGGCUAUCCCUCGAACCUCCCCCCAGGACUCUACCCGCCUGCCCAGCACCCGCUGGAGUCUUACCCUCCUCCCCAUCAGCCUCCUUCCUGCAGUCGCAUGGCGACGAGACCUUUCAUGGCAGUGACACCCGUCUCUGCAGCAGAGCAUUAUCCUUCCACCUCCUACGCCAUGGAUCCUGGGCCCUCUUGUUCCUCUCCUUCAACCGCGUGCGCUGUAGCAGGGACGGUGUCUGGGGUACCACCAUCCUACGGGGGGAUGUCCUCCGCCAACAUCCACUUACCGAUGGAUUCGUCGACUUCCUUCGCAGCCUUGUGCCCUCCUUCGCCGUCGUACACUUCCUUAUCAGCCUCGCCUCUGUCUGACUAUGAUCCUUCCUACCCGGGAUGCCCUUCGCCGCUGCUGUCCUACCUUUCUGCCGACAACCCCAAUCGCGAGAUGACCUCCAUUCCACAGCAGUCGUGCGCCAUGAUCAGCAACGCUCAGUCUUCGGAGCCAUUAGACUGUAGUGAUCAUCCAAUACACAGUUCUAGGUCUCAUAAACAUGCUCAUAACAGACUUCAAGAACAUAUUGAAAACCCUAGUAUGUAUAGUAACAGAUCCUUAUAUAGCAACCCUCAAAGCACUCACCGUGGUUGGCCUACUGAACCGCGAAAUGUAGAAGAAAUUACCCCAGAAACUUACUGGGCGGGACAAAGAAGGAGGAGUGAGGGAGUCAUCCUGCCGACUUACCAACACAGUCAGAGAAGAAACAGUGACAGCAUUUUACAGGGAAUUAUCUAUCGGCCAAGCCAGAGGAGGAACAGUGAUGGGGUCAUCAAGAAAUUUUACGGACAAAGCCAAAGAGGGAACAAUGACCCCGUCAUCCAAGAGGGCUACAUGCAAGAGGACAGGGGAGCUGGCGAAGGCGAACCCCAAAAACACUUCAAGGCAGAUUUGAGGGAGAGCAGUGAAGGGGUCAUCGAGGAAGGUCACGAGGCAGAGGACAGAAUACGAAGCAUUUAUCAUCUAGAUCAGAGACGAAACAGUGACGGAGUCAUCCUCACGAGACACAGGCUGAACGAGAGACGGAACAGCGACGGAGUUAUUAAGAAAUGCUUCGCUCUGAGUCAGAGAGGGAACUUUGACAGGCUCACCCAGAGGCACGUGAUGCACCCUAUGGAAAAAAGCGACGAGGAACUCCACAGCAUCCACAGGGAGAAUGAAAGACGAAGCAGUGAUGAAAUCAGUCAGGAGAGCUACGGGAUUGAACACAGGAGAAAUAGUAUUGAUUUCGUACACGAAAACUAUAGAUUGGGAGAGAGGAGAAACAGCGACGAUGCCCUGAGAGCUUUUUAUUGGCCGUGCCAUAGGAGUGACAGCGGGGAAACUAUCCCUGAGAACUGGCAAGGCCAAAGGAGAGACAGCGAUGAAUAUAUCCAAAGAAGUUUCCCCUCGAACAAAGACCACUUCUUCGAGAAUACUCUGAGGAGAGAACACGAGGUGAUGGAAAGACUCAACAGAACUGUACCCAUAACUGAUGCCAGCGUGACCUUCAGUUCCGACCAUAGAUUACAUUACCCCAUUCGACCGCCAGUGAAUGAGGAUGAAUGCCAGCAAGCCACUGGCAUUCGAAAGGAUGGCACCAUCCCGAGAGUGGAUGACAGUGACACUAUGAUGAGCUGGAGCAGUCACCAGAUUCAUGAUGAGGGUCCUGUUCCUCCUCUGGAACAAAAUGAUGAAGAGAUGGAAGGACCUCUUGAUCUGACAACGCGUUCAUCCUCGAGAGAUUGAAUAUUUCCCCUUAACUGAUGAACACACCCAGAUCAACAAUCUUUAUGAUAUUAAUAUUUCAAAUGAAGGAGGGAUACGUCUCAAGUUAACUGCUGUAUAUCACUGAUUUAUCAAAGCAAGUUUAGAUUAACAAUAAAUAUCUGUAAGUAAUAUAUAAACAAAAACAAUAAAAGCCACUAUAUGUAUAAACUCA